AUGGCGGUGAAGGACGACCGGGGAAGAUGCACCGGAGCGUACGGUGGUGGGGCCAACGACUGGAGAUGCCUUUACUCUUCGCCUCCCGCUCCGUCGUCACGGCCGCCCAACCGCGUCAACUGGGAUGAGACCGGCGCCGCGCAUAUCUACUCCGCCGACCUCCCCGGCGUGAAGAAGGAGGAGAUCAGGGUGGAGAUUGAGGACGGGAGGUACCUCGUCAUACGCACCGAGCUGGACGCUGGUGACGCGGAAGUCCACGGCCGCCGAGGCAGUUUCGCAAGGAAGUUCCGGCUGCCGGGGAUGGUGAACACCGACGGCAUCACGACCGACUACGCCCGCGGCGUACUGACCGUGACAGUGCCCAGGAUGCACACCCGGGCCCAGCCCGUGGUCAAUCUCAUCGGGCUUGGUCCUGCCUGCGACCCCGUGGCCAGAGCAGCUUAA